CUGGUGUAGAUCACAAUUAUAUCGGAAGAAUGUGAAACAAAAAAAAUAAAAAGAAAAGUGAGCGCGCGCACACACACAUACUGACACAUAUUGCAUGAAUAAUUAUAUAAUGAAACUUGAAAUUCUCGACCAUUUUUCACUUUCAGAACCUUGAUUCCUAUUUUUCUUUGCUGGACCCCCAUAACCAUUCGCUGUUUAAAAAUAUCCUAUAUUUUUAUAAUUAGAUAUUAUUAGAAAUUGUAUUUAAAAAAUUGUUAAAAUGUCUUGUGUAUUGUAGAAGUAUAAGCAAUUUAUUGCAGAUAAAUUUUAACAAAAUCUUAUAUGGACCCCGGUUCAGAACAAUAAAGAGACUUGUAGAAAAUUUCAUUUAAAAAAAAUAUCUAUUUUUCUGAAUGCUAUGCCGGAUAAUUGGAAUCUACAUCAUCUGAAAAAUAUUUGUGGAGAACUUCUUCCAAAAAUAUCCAUUUUUUCUAAAGUUACGAUGAAACAAUAUGUGGGGCGCACUUAUUGUAGUUAUGCAGAGGUCGUUCUGUUAUAAUUAGUCCAAGCUGUGCGUGUAUUGGUACACCACUUUCACACCAACCACGUGGACAAUAACUUCCGGCUUUGAUCUCCACUUCAAUUAAGCAAGCACCUUGCUGUCUCGCCCUUCGCAUUGUGCGCUGAAAGCAGACUUUAAUCCUUAAAAGUCCUGCUUUACCCAUAAUGAGUGAUUGGAGACCGUUUGUAUAUGGUGGUUUGGCAUCAGUUACAGCUGAGUGCGGGACAUUUCCAAUUGACACCACAAAAACACGUCUGCAGGUGCAAGGGCAAGUUAUUGAUUCAAGGCUAACAGAAUGCAAAUACCGGGGUAUGUUUCAUGCUUUUGUGAGAAUCUUCCGCGAAGAAGGACUCGUAGCAUUCUAUUCAGGAAUUGGUCCUGCCAUUUUACGACAAGCUACUUAUGGAACUAUCAAAAUUGGUAUUUACCAGUCAAUGAAAAGAAUGUUUGUGUCCAACCCAAUGGAUGAAACACUUGCCACAAAUGUUUUUUGCGGUGUUGUUGCUGGUAUAGUUUCAAGUUCUAUAGCUAAUCCUACUGACGUACUCAAAGUAAGGAUGCAAGCUAAGACUGAAAGUUUACAGACUUCAAUGUUUGAGUCUUUUAUACAAAUUUACAAGAAAGAAGGUGUUCGAGGAUUAUGGAGAGGAGUUGUUCCAACUGCCCAGAGGGCUGCUAUUGUAGCAGGAGUAGAAUUGCCUGUCUAUGAUAUCACAAAGAAACACAUCUUGAAAUCUGAAUCUAUGGAAGACCAUGCAGGAACACACUUCAUUGCCAGUUUUACUGCUGGACUUGCUGGUGCUAUAACGUCUAACCCCAUUGAUGUUGUGAAGACUCGUUUAAUGAAUCAACGUGUAUUAAAGACGACCAACGGGACUGCUUCUGCCAUAUACACCUCUUCACUGGACUGUAUCGUUCAAACUGCCAGAACUGAAGGCUUAAUGGCUUUUUAUAGAGGUUUUAUCCCCACAUGGAUCAGGCUUGGACCCUGGAAUAUUAUUUUUUUCCUAACAUUUGAAAAACUGAAGAAAAUUUAUUAAUUGGACUUUAGAAGAAAUGAACAAAGACAUGUCUGAUUUUCACGAAUCUCAACAAGUUUGUAAUCAUCACCCAAGAUUAUGAACAAAGCAAUACAACAUAUCUAUUUUCAUUUGAAAAUAUUUCUAGAAUCUCAUAACAAUAUUUUUUAGAAAUUCAGGUAUUUAAAAAAUUUUUUCACUUCAUUUUUCAAGCGUUUUUUUGUUGAACGGUCAAGUUCACUUUUGAUGCUUAUGAGUUCAGCUUUUGUUAUUGUGGGAUUUUACAAUUCUUGAUGCCAAAUACCAAGGUUAUGAUGUAAGCCGAUGUCUUUUACAGUACAUAGCAUACAUGGGUUGAUAAAUACCUGUUAAAUAUGAUUGAUUUACUGGAUAACGUCAUUUCUUUCUAUAUUCACCCACCUCAUCAUUCAAACAAACAUUUUUCAAAUGUUGCCAUUAAUGUCUUCGUUAUACUUCGUUAAGCCCAAUAAUCCCACCUGUCUUGUUACCUCAAUUGUAGCUGCCUUAACAAAAUUCUGUCACAUUGCACUUCCAGCCAUGAAUUGUUCUUCACUCAUUCCACACUUUACACUCCCCUUCACCGUAAAAGUCAAUUCCUUUUACACCAUCAUUCUUCAUGGCAACAGCCUCAAAGCUCAUAAUUUGACCCCUGCACCGCAUUCAAUCCCCUCCACUCUGUCACAUCACUGAUCUUCCCAUCUCUAAAUGCUUCUAUUUCUCUCAAAGAGAACAAACGAAACUGUAUUUAGCCUUCUGUUAUUUUCAUGAACCCCAACAAGUUUAUAGUCAUGCUCUGAGAUUAUUGAAGAAAGCAAUACAUCAUAUGAAUGGAGUAGACAUGGGGUGUCAGAUGGGUUCCAAUUAAACUUUGUUUUAGACCUCACUGAGAUUCAAAUUUUCCCCCAGUUUGAGCAAACCCCUGAACUGCUACACCAGUAAUAGUAUCGAUGCCACUUCACCCCACUUUUUUUUUCUUCUUUAAUAUCUUUCAUCUGCACAAUUCACCAUCAUUACUUCCAAUUUCUUAACACCCCAGACAUUUCUGCCUUUAUCCACAUCAUCCAUCUCUCCACACUACAGAUCAGCAAACUCUUGUUUCUGUCUCAACUAAGUUUCCUUCUUUAAACUUUCACCACACAAUCUGCUCUCCUUUUUCACAUUUUCUUUGGUUCCACUGCUUUUUACAGUCAGGACACCAAUUUUAAUUAUUUAAUCAAAGCAAAUGCAUCCAUUUUGCCUAUCAAAGUUACUCUACAAUUGUGAAUGUAGACAACUAUACUUGCUUCUAUUGUAUUAUAAUGUAUCUCUUUAAGAUGAUUUAAAUUUAAUGAAAUUUUGCUCUAAAAUUACUUCUAGCUUCUUGCUGUAAUUAAAAACAGUUUACUUGUAAGUUAAAAUGGUUUCUCAGAACUGUGAUAGAAAAAUAAUUUAAUCCUUUUGACCCCACCUCACCCGAGAUCGUUUCUUGUUCUUAACAUGGUCUGGCAGCAGUCGAUGAAGAUUGGUUUUUAGUUUUGUCUUCCUCUUAUCUGUUUGGAUAAGUAUUUUGGAUCUCAGUUUUUGUACUUGUAUGAUUUAUACAAGUAACCAUUUAAAAUGUAAUCUCAGCCAGUAAGUGUACUGGUAAGUGUCCAUAAAUAUUAUUGACCUGAUGUAGGGGGUUGGGGCAUCUGUCUCACUAUUAGUCCAGAAAUCUUAAGUUGUAGUGAAGGAUUUUGUUUUUAGUCUUCUAGAAUAUAACCUUAAAAAAAAAAAUUUCCAUCUAUCUAUCCAUAACAUCUGUUUAUAGAGGGGGAAGAUAACUUGUCACAACAUAUCCUUAUAAGGCAAAAAGAAAAAGUUGAGAGAGAGUAUGUGAUAGUUAUUAUGACGUUUUGAUUAAAAACGUUAUUUUAAGCGAGUCUGUCAACACACUGCAACACCGACUUAGAAAAAUAAGAUACAUAGUUAUCUUUUGAGUUGUUUGUGUCAACAUAUAGACAACACUGACUUUAAAAAAGACUCGCUCUAAUGACUUGUUGAGUGUGUGAAAGAAAAAAAAAAGAGGUUGUUGUUGAGCAUAUCAAGGAGAUCUAUUUCAUUUUGAUUAGGUUGUUACCCAGCAGCGUAGUGACAGGUUACGACUGGUAAUUUAUAAGAAUUAAAGAAUAAGCUAGUCAAUAAACUUAAUUGUUGGUUUCCUUGGCAUCAACAUGAAUUCUGACAAUUGAUUAUCAGUGACCAGAAAGAAAUCAAGACUUAUAAUGUUUAAUAUAUAUAAAACAUUUAUUUCUCUGAGGUUUAUAUUUGCUUUAGUUAAAGAAAGCAAAUUCUUGAAAGUUCUUAGUUUUACAAUCACUUAUGCCAACUGAUAGCGUUACCAUUCUUUCAAUUCCUAAAUCCAUCAGGACGAGGUAGUUGAAGUGGUUUUGUGAGUUAUGGAUAGCAGAAAACUGCCAAAAUAUAGUUUUUUGCCCAGUUAUCCCCAUUAUCUUAAAUGGAAAUGAAAUUCUAGUUCCUCUUCCACCCACCCACCCCCUCCAACGAUAGAAUCAAUAAAGAACAUCUCCAAAAGUAAAUAGAUCAAUGUGAGUAAAAUUUUGAUUAAUUUCCAAUAAAACAUAUUUCAAUGAAUGAAGGCAAAUAUAAUUUAACAAUAACCCUGCAAAAUGAUAUCUUUAUAGACAAUUUCCUUUACAUUUGAAGAGAAAUAUCUUCUAAGAAAUCACUAUUAAGGCAGCGAGCUGGCAGAUUCAUUAUUAGCAGGCCAGACAAAAUGAUUACUGGUAUUUCUUCUGGCUUUAUGUUCUGAGUUUGAAUUCUGCCGAGGUUAACUUUGCCUUUUAUCUUUUCAGGGUUGAUAGAAUGUUAUUUAAGCACUGGGGGUCAAGGUAAUCAACUUGCCCCACCCCUCAAAUUUUCAGGCCUCAUACUCUAUAAUAGGGAGGAUUAUAGUUUUGUGACUGGUCACUAUUGAAUUGAAUAGUUACACUGCUUCGAGGGAGGCAAAAAAAUAAAAAGCAUUAUUUUGACAUUGUUUAUAAAAGAGGCUUUUUUUAUCGUGUGGGAUAGAUUGUUUUCUCUUUUUUUAAUGCCUGUAUAGAAUCUGGCACGAAAAGGAAUUUAAACUUUAACAAAUAGUUUGCAACUGGUAUUAAAGAGUCAAAAAAAAUUCCUGCUCUUAAUUUCUUCAAUGGAUGGAAAAGGCUUAAAAUUUUAUAAAAAUCUUUUAAAAAAUUAUAAUUUAGAACAUUUUAACAGAUUGAAAUAAGUGGCAUUGACUGCUGGAGAUCAUGAAUGGCAUUUCUUUAAUUCUGGGUUCCAAAGUUAAUCCAUAGUUCCUUUUUUUUCCUUUUUUUUUUUGUCUAUGAGUGAAUAGAAUUAACUUCUUGUUCAGACUUCUCUUUAUUAUUCAAAAGCUGGUCUUCUGGAGAUUCUUGCUGUUCAGUUUGAAUAUCUUUUAAUUCUAAAUCAUGGUUGAUUAGCAUUGGUUCUCUAUAAUCUUGUGGCUUAACAAUGAUUACAUCGACAUUGGACGAUUUCACAGGACCUAAAAACAAAAGAAAAAUAUUUAAUAUACAUAUAAUUCCAUACAGACAAACUCAUAAUGUCUGUAAAUAACUUUAUAUUCUUACUUUCAAUUAUUACAAGAAAAUUAUUGACCUGACAAUCAAUCAGUUUGAUACUUUUUCUAUUGAUUUAACAGCUUCUUUAACUCUUACUUCAAGGGGUUCAUUUCCAUGAAACUAAUUAUAUUUAUUAUUAAUAAAAGGUUUAAAAUAUGAACACUUUUUAAUGUUUUGUAUUUUCCAAGUUGAAUGAUUUUUGUUCAGAUAAAUAUUGUUACUGUAAAGAUUCUUUAUUUUUACAAUAAGGCAGAAUUAUUACUAUGCUGGACAAGCUUAUGUACUGAGUUCGAAUGCCACUGAAGUCAGCUUUGCCUUUUGAGGCCAAUGAAAUAAAUUGUCAACUUGAACACCUCCCCCCCAAAAAAUCUUUGUUAUCCAGAACGUAUGAAAGAAGAACUAAAAGUAUGAAAAUUGCAGGGAUGCUUAGGGGGCAAAAUUAUGAAACUGCUUUGGACUGGCAAAGAGUUAAAGUCAUAUUUUCUUAGUUUACUAUUCUAAGUAUAUUAACAUAAACUUUACUAUUAAUGUUUCAUGCAGCAAGCACCCAUGGUCGUUCUUUCAGGGUUCUACACAGAAUUCCUAUAUAUUCUUCCAAUACAGUAAUGUAUUUCAUUGAUACAAUCUCUAAUAACAAAUAUCUUGAACAAUCAGUGUAUGGCCAAUGAUUAUCAAAACUCACCCUUCACCCUGUUCCAUUUUAUUUUUCAUUAAGAUGCUGAUAAUGUUUGGACGUUUACACUAUAUACUACAUUGACUUGUGAUUGUGCGACCAGCCAGGCUAUCAGAUGUUGUUACACGUUGCUGGUCACAAUGCACUUUUUU